AUGCGAUCAUAUCUCCCCGCUUUAGUCCUUUUCCUCGCUACGGCCUCGGCCUCUCCUCUCCAAAAACGAGAUCUCCAGUGGUCCUUGGAAUGGUCAUUCGAUCUUUUCCCAACAAUUCAAUGCAAUCAAACCGGUGAUCUUCAUACUGGCAUUGGUAGCACAGGCUGCCGUGCAGACUUGCAUAGUGUUGCCUCAGCAUAUCGAUUAAAUCAGGUGUCAGAGGGGUGUCAAAUCGAGUUUUUCGAUAAUACCAUGUGUGAUGCGACCGAGACAACCUCCGACAUUACGGGCUCCAGUAGCAAUACAGGGACAUGUCAGAUCCCCGCGCUGACACGGCGGUACGGAUCUUAUCAGGUUACUUGUGAUGGAAUGGGCGAAUUGAGGUGA